AUGCUUCCUAAUCACGUCACGGGCUAUUCAUCGUUGCUGGACCUCUAUCAUGCAACCUCUCCGGAUGUCGCCAUUAUCGAUCCGGAUACUGGACAAUCUGCCUCUCACCAGGACAUCGCAAAGAUCGUGACAGACUUUCGGCUCCCCCUGGACGAGCGAGGUUCGGGCCCUCGGAAGCCGGUCGUGGCCAUUUCACUACCAAAUGGACCCGUCCUAGCCAUCACUGUCUUGGCCACGGCGACAUACUUCACAGCAGCACCCGUGGCCCAUGGUACCGGCGUCGGGAAAGAACAGUUCAAGGCGGACGUUCUUCAAAGCAAAUCCAACCUGGUAUUAGCCUCACUAGAUGAUGUCGACAGGCUGGGCCUCAGGGACUCUUGGCUUGCAGAGGCCAGGAUCUCUGUGUUGGCUGUGGAACUCACCGGCAGCAUGAGCCUCUUGUUUCAUACUUUGGACGGCAUCGAAGUGAAGCGUCCCGAAAGGCGACAUAAUCCCAAUGGCGCCGACGACUUCGCCAUAAUGCUCUUCACAAGUGGUACCAGUGGAACGAAAAAGCUGGUACCGCUGACCAUCCGUUCUUUGGUCUGUGGCGUGGCGAUGGUAGAGAGAUCAUGGGGACUUUCACCAUCGAUGCGGUGUCUAAAUCAAAUGCCACUGAACCAUGUCGGUGGUCUUGUUCGCAACCUCUUUGCGCCGGUGUUCUCGGGUGGCUCUGUCAUUUGCUGCAGUGCAUUCGACGCCAACUUAUUCUGGGACUGUGUGGAAGACUACGCGCCGACGUGGUACUACGCUUCGCCAAGUAUGCAUCAGGUCAUCCUUGAAGCCGGCGCAGGUCGUCCGGAGAUCGUUGCCAAGAGCAAGAUCAGGCUUAUCUGCAAUGCUGCUGGAGGUCUGCUUCCAAGUCUGGCCAUACAAUUACGAGAAACAUUCUCGACAGAGACAACUGAGUGCACUGUGUUGCCCAGCUAUGGUAUGACCGAAUGUAUGCCGAUUUCAACACCGCCGCUCGAUUAUCGACUUGAGAAGACUGGAACCUCGGGCGUCAGUGUCGGCCCAGAGAUUACUAUCCUCGAUGGCCGUGAUCAGCCACUGGCAAGUCGAGGAGAAGUCGGUCGCAUUGCAGUACGUGGUCCUCCAGUUUUCGGAGGCUACCUCAAAGACAACAACGUCAUUGACAAGACCUGCUUCACGGCAGACGGCUGGUUUGACACGGGCGAUAUGGGCUACCUCGACGACGAAGGCUACCUCUACAUCACAGGUCGGAGCAAGGAGGUCAUCAACCGUGGAGGCGAGCUCAUCAGCCCUUUCGAAGUCGAAGAAGCCGUCGUGACCGCGGCUUCCAGGCCAGGUAGUCCCAUUCACGGACGGAUCAGCAAAGCCCUGGCCUUCUCUGUGACACACAACGUCCUACAGGAAGUUGUAGGUCUCGCCGUCGUCACGCCUCCUGGGGCUCGGCGAGCCUGCCUUCGUGGCAUCCAAGACGCCGUGAGAUCGGUAUUGAGUCAGGUCAAAGUACCCGUCGUACUCGUGUACAUGGAUGAAGGACUUCCAACAAACAACAACAAAGUCUUGAGGAUCAAACUCGCCGAUCGCCUGGGACUGCCAGAGGUUUCUGACCACACGCCAGCAAGUGGAAGAUACUUUGAGGCUGUCUCUCCGCCCCUGAACACGCCCCUGAGCACGCCAAUUGAAUGCACCGGCUUACGUCUUUCAUACGAGGCAUUGAAAUUGGCGUGCGCUGCUGUCAUACCCACGACAAUCGAAUUCCACAUCAAAGCUACCGAGUUCCACCCUGAGCUGGUGAUUGCGCCGAAGCACAACUCUGAAAUUGACUUUUCGAUCGAAGCACUGGGCGAUCAACUAGCAACGGAGCUACAUGGAUACGAGAUGCCUACUAAGGUAUCUAAGCUCGAAGAGCCAUUGCCGCGCAAUGCCUAUGAUGAGGUCGACGAGAUUGAACUUGAGAAGAAACUCGACUCUCGAAGCGCUUCGUCUGGUGUUUCCGGCGACCUGACCCCGACAGAGGCUACAGUUACCGAAGUGUUUGCGCAAGUUCUGUCCAUGCCUGCGGGAGAUCUUUCCGGCUCUUCGGACUUCUUUGAGCUUGGUGGAGAUAGCAUGCGUGCCGGGAGGCUGCUCAACGCACUUCGAAAGGAAUACCCGCUUCGACUCCCGAUCAAUGUCCUCUUCACCAAUUCGAAAGUUUCCCUGCUGGCGCAGUUGAUUGACGAGAAGCUUCAUCGAGAUCAGACCAGUCAGCCAGACCCGAAAUUGGUCUCCCAGGAGCCAGACUUCCUUCCUGGCUUGGAGAAAGCGUGUAGCUCAACAAACCCCAUCGUCAUGCUCCUACAGCUCAUGCCUCUGGUUUUCAUAUACCCGAUGAAGCGUGCGCUCACCUGGACAAUCUUCAUGUACAUGCUUCAGGAGACCACCAACUGGCCCAUGUUCGCGGCCAUCCCCGGCCGUCUGUUCGACCUCGUCAUCUCCAUGACCGUUGGAGGCAUUUGCACUCGGAUCGUAGCUCCACUCUUUGCCAUUGCCUUUAAGUGGCUGGUCAUCGGUCGCUACAAGCAGGGCUUGUAUCCAAUGUGGGGCUCGUAUCACACUCGCUGGUGGCUCGUUCAGAAGACGGUGGCUAUCUGCACAAUGGGUGUCUUUGGUUGGACGAACUGGUCUCGAACGCUGUACUACCGGCUUCUUGGCAUGAAAAUCGGAAAGAACGCCAGCAUUCAGAAAGGUACCACGUUUGGCGAAUGGGAUCUCAUCACCAUCGAGGACAAUGCGGUCCUCGAGCGCUGCAUCGUGAGGCCUUUUGCCGCCGAGCGGAACACGUCCAUGUACCUUGGACGUAUCCGCAUUGGCAACAAUGCAUCUGUCGGUCUGAGCUCCAUUGUUGCUGCUGGAACCGAUGUGCCUGCAAACGCCUGCAUUGGUCCGAAUUCUUCUAGCUGGGAGGUCAAGGAUUCCGCGGACGAGUCCAAUCGUGACCUCGGGGCCAGCAAGAUUCCCGCAGCGCACUGGGCACUGAAUCUCUUCAUCGGAGUACCUACCAAAGCGCUCGUCAAGUUCAUCGGCAUGGUUCCGUGGCUUGCCUGCUUGGUUGCGCUCGUCAGACAGCAUCCCGUCUCUAAUCCCGACACUCUGGUCGAGAUCAUCGACUGGUUCGCUACCCCAAAUCGAGUCGCGUGGCACUACGUGGCUCUCGCGGCGAACGUGGCCUUCGGACCUGCUUUCUUGUACGUCGCCGUCUUGGCUUUCAAGAAGAUCUUUGACGCUUGCUGCGGCGGCAAGAUCCAGCCGAGCAGCGUAGAUGGACGCUCACAAAUGACUACCUUCCGAAUGGAAUGGCUCAGAUCAGUAAUGCCGGCUCCUCAAUUCCAUAAGCUCGCGGAGCUCUUUGGAACGCACUACGAAGCCACUUCCGUCUUUGCUCGUGCUCUGGGAUCCAAGGUUGGGAGACAGGUCUACUGGCCCGGGACUGGCCCUUCUGUUCAAGACUGGGACCUUCUCGACAUCGGCGACAACGUUGUUUUCGGCUCUCGCUCUCACCUUGUUACUUCCGAUGGCCUGGGCAGCGAUUAUGUCAAGGUCGGAGCCAACGCCAUGGUCGCUGAUCGAGUCGCUCUUCUUCCUGGUGUCAAGCUCGGCGAGAAGGCUGUUAUGGGCAGCGGUGCUCUGACUCGUCGGAACAAAACUUAUGCUCCUGAAAGUACCUGGGUUGGCAGCAAGGGUGGCGAGGCUCUAUGUCUUUCGGCUGAUGCUCCUCCGGGCGACUCAACCCCAACCAGUGCAGGACGGCUGUCGCACGAGAUCAACGAAAAACGGCCCUCGCAGUUCGAGAACAUGAUCAGUGUGAACUCCACCGCCACUACACUCGGCAUGUUCACGCCCAAGGGCCCCAGCGUCAAUCCCACUCGAGUGAAUUCGGAGAGAUCAAGCCUCGAGAUCGACACGUCCAGCGAAUCCAGAUCUCCCAGCUCAAGCAAUUAUGAUCUCGAGAAAUCGAAAGGUUUCCGCGCCACGGCACAGGAAGUUCCCUCGCACUCCACAACCGGUGUCGAGAAUGAUGAUGGAGCAAAGGACUCGGCUUCUUCCUCCCCCUUCGGCCGUGCCUUCUAUGAGGGCAAAGCCUCGUAUCGUGUCUGGGGACAAUUCACCAUCUUCUGCUAUUCUACCUUCAUCACCGUCCUCAAUGGCGUGUUUUGGAACGUCCCAAGUGUCUCGGCUGUGCAAGUUGUCAGUCGCAUCUACGCGGACCAGAGCUUGCUUGCGCACCAGUUUCUCGCCGAACGCUGGUGGCGUCCAUUUUCCAUCUACGUCUUCUUCUCGGCAUUGAUCGUGGCAAUUAUGGCGGUACAGGCCAUCCUUGUGAUUGCGUUCAUGAUCGCCGCCAAGUGGGUCGUGAUUGGAAGGCGAAAGCCAGGCAAUUAUGAUUGGGAUAAGUAUGUUACCCGUAACCCGCAAGCGAGGGAGAAUAAUUUUGCUAACCUCUCUUCUCAGGUCCUCCUACUGCCAACGCUGGCAACUCUUCCUCAAACUCGAAACCCUGCGAAGACACUGCUACGGCGGCCACGGAAUCCUCGGGAUGCUCACCGGCUCCCACUGGAUCGUCAUGUACUUCCGCGCCCUCGGCGCCAAGAUCGGAAAGGACUGUAACCUCUUCGCUUCGGGGCUGCCGAGUCUCAUGUUCACGGAACCAGACCUUCUCACGCUCGGCGAUCGGGUGACGGUGGAUGAUGCUUCGCUGGUCGGACACAUCAACACCCGCGGGAAAUUCGAUCUCAAUCCCCUCUUCGUGGGUGAUCGGUCUGUCCUGCGGAGCGGCUCCAGAUUGCUGUCCGGAGCGAGGAUGGAAGAAGAUGCAUGCUUGUUGGAACAUACGCUCGUCAUGUCCGGGGACGUGGUCGAUGCUGGGGCGACUUUCCAGGGUUGGCCGGCAGAAGAAUACAAAGAAAACAGAAUGCCUACGCUUGAGGCAGUGAGGUACUGGAGGGUCAAGGUGUAG